UUCUCUAAAUUAUUUUUUUAGGUUUCGGCCGCUGCAAUUGGGGAAAACAUUAGGCCUGUGAUUGCUCCAUAAUUUCAAUUCAACCCUCUCCAUUAGCAGUCAUCAGGAAGCGAAACCUUCGUCCCCUCCGCUAUCUCACUUUCACUCUCACUCUGUGAAUUCGAAAACAGAAACCACACGAGAUAAACAUGUCGCAGCGUUACUUUCACCACAACAAGAAGUCACAACAAGAAGAGUGGAGCGGCUCCAACCCCAGAAAUUUCCCAAAAAACCAUAAGAAAUUCAUUCCGAGAAAUCAAAAUCCUAAUUCUAAUUCCAGUCCCGAUCCUACGCUCUUAAAUUCUCUUAGACAAUCGCUUUCAAAGCAAUCUGAUGCCGCCGACCCAGCAUCGACUGCUAACAGUGGCGCAGCGUCAUCCAGUAAGGUCCGGGUGGGAGAUAACGAAGAUUGGGUGUCCAGCGGAACGGCAGCGGGACGUCAGGAUGUUGGCAAUUUCAUAAACUACUUGCCGCAGGAUGAGGCGGUGGCGGCUGGGCUCGGCGCCAAGGAAGGAGGAUUGGAUCCAGUGGAGUCUCAGAGAGUUGUGGAUCUUUUGAAUAGGGAGUUGUCUCGGUUGCUCAAGUUGAGUCCUAGAGAGUUCUGGAGGGAAGUGGCCAGUGACAAUUCCUUGCAUGAGUUUCUGGAUAGCUUCCUGAAACAUAGAAGUAGAUGGUAUGAUUUCCCACAUCAUGGAGUUAAGGGCAUUGUCGCAGGCGUCGUUGUCGGAGAACGUGAUUUAAGUCGCCGUGUUUUCAUGGUAUUGUAUCGCAUAUCUUCCAACAGGGAUCCAGGCGCUCGGGCUGCUGAUACUCUUAGUUCAAGAGAUCAUGCAGGUGGGUCGUCUUACUUCAUCAUACAUGGUUUCCUUAGAAAUGAAGGAAUUUAUUCUGGAAUGGGAAAAGAGGAAAAAAAGUUGCUUGACCUGCCGAAGUUGUUGGAUAUAUGUGCCAUUUAUGGCCAUGAAAAUGAAGAAUUGAUUCAAGUUCUGGUUAAGAAUGCUUUGCAAGCCCAGACUGGGAUCUAUGAUAAUUUAACUGCGGCCAUGUCACAGUUUUUGGGGAUCGUUCACACAAUGUUUCAACGUUGCAUCUCAUCUUUGGAGGCUUUAUUUUCCUCUGCAAGCCAUGAAGACCUUGGAUCUAGUUCUCUUCAUUAUGACUUGUUAGAGGUGAUGGAUUUCAUAAAUGAUGCACUUGUUUCCAUCGAUGCUUUUAUUAAUGCAUACAAACCAGCAGCUGUGUUCUUUUCAUGCCCUAUAGAAAUGAGUUAUGGGAAUGAGGAAUUGUUGGUCAUGCUUGCAAGAUUGCAUGAUACUUUGCUUCCAUCUUUACAACGUGGGUUCCGAAUUAUAUUGGCAGGAGGAGAUGAUGAAAUGAUAUCAAAUAUUGCUGUUAGUUUGAAGAUGUUAUCCAUGAGGAUUUGCAAACUGGGUUGGAAAUUGUUGGAUAUUUGCUAUUUAAGUAAUGAAGUAUUCACAGAUUGCCUUCCCAUUCCAGCUGUAACAAAGAUGUUUCCAGCAAAAGUGGACGACCCUGUCAUAAGAGCAGAUAUAUUGAUUCAAACCUUUAGGGAGAUCAGUGGACUACUGCUGUACACCCAAGAGAAUCAGAACAGAAAUACAUUUCUUCAGAAUCUUGAUAAGAAUUACCAUCUAAUGAGCAAACUGCAGAGCUUACAGAAUGCUGGAUGGAUAUUCAUAGAUGAUGAACAGCUCCAGUAUUUAUCUGGGAUAACAAUGUUUUCUCUGAAGAGUACUGUUGAGAAGCAAACACUUGUGCCAACCCCUGUUUCAAGCAACAAAGUUGAAAUGGAUGAAGAUGCAGCCAUCAAGGAAUCCAAAAUUAGUCAAAUAAGGGACUUAUUUCCUGAUUAUGGUAAGGGGUUUUUGGCUGCCUGCCUUGAAGUUUAUAACCAUGAUCCAGAAGAGGUGAUUCAGAGAAUACUCGAGGGGACUCUUCAUGAAGAUCUUAAGUGCUUGGAUCCAUCACUGCAGACCAUGCCAACAGCCAAGUCUGCUUUGACCAAGGAUAAAGGAAAGGGGAAGUUAGUUGAAUCUACAUCAUUCCCCUUAACAACGCCAACUAACUCUGCCAAUACAGAGGUAGCAGGAGAGCGACAAUUUGACAGUACAUCUGUUUCAUCCUCAUCUACAGUUGGCAGGUUUGUUAGAAAGUCUAAUGAUGUGCAUGAACAUUAUACUCUUGAUGCCAGGGAUGACAAAGAUGCAGCAAGGACUGUAGCUCUGAUUUCACAGUACGAGUAUGAGGAUGAAUAUGAUGACUCCUUUGAUGAUCUAGGUUUAAGUGUUGUUGAGUCAGGGUUGGAGGAGAAUGAAAUAUUUAGUGACAAAGUCAGCUCUAGUUUGGGGAAAUCUUCAGGGACUGAAAGUGAAAUCUCUGUUCAAACUGCUCCUAAUACAAAGUGGGGAUCUAGAAAAAAGCCGCAAUACUAUGUCAAGGAUGGAAAGAACUACAGCUACAAGGUUGCAGGUUCAGUUGCAGUUGCAAAUUCCAGUGAAGCUUCACUAGUUAGUCAAGCGCAGGGAGAACUAAUUUAUGGUCUUGGACAGGGUGGUAACAUUCCUCUAGGUGCAGUUAAGAAGUUGACCGAGUAUCAGGAGCAAGAACACCAGAGGGAAUCUGAUGAACCUGAGAUGGAAGGGAGAGGGAACACAAGGAAUCCCAGAGGUAGAGGCAGGAGGGGAGGCGGAGGAAGGCUGAGGGAGUCGCAUGAAGAGCAGGAUGACCAAUCUGAUGGUUCUGAGAUGCAAGGGAGAGGAAAUGCCGGAAAUCCCAGGGGCAGGGGAAGGAGGGGAAGAGGAAGUAACAAUUACAGGAAGGAUAGAGCUAUGAAUAAGCACUUUUCUGGAUUGUCUGGUUUUUAGGUGCAGGUGUGGGUAUUUCCAUGUUAGGAAGAUAAUUUAUGAAGAAAGCUUCUUACGCUUGCCAAAGAUUAUUAUGUUGAGUUAUAAAUACAAAUGUAUAAUUUGGAUGAUUACAAAGUAGUCAAUCGGAACAACCAAUUCUGGUGUUUAAUACGGAAGGGCUGUUCCUACUA